AUUUUAGGUUUAAAUAUGAUUAAUAAAUUUGCGAAAAAGAAAACGGAGGUGAAGCAUAAACGGGGAACGGAGAAGCAGAAGAAACGGAAGCGGUGUAUGUAAAGUAGACAGAGGGAGACGUAACCCAACCCAGGCCCAACCUGAGCCCGUGAGCUGUGAGCAUGACUGUGGCAGUUUCUAAUCCCUCUCUGCUCUCUCUUCUCUUUCUGCUACCUUAGAUAACACUUCCCUUCGCCUCGAUUCACAACUAUACUCCUCUCUCUCUCUCUCUCUCUGCGAAACCUCAUGGUCGUUUAGCGCAACCGUUCUCGGAGAACAUGACUACUAUCUGCUCCGCCGAGCUCAAUUACCUAGUUUUUCGCUACCUUCAAGAAUCAGGUUUCACACAUGCUGCUUUUACUUUUGGAUAUGAAGCUGGUAUUAACAAAUGCUCCAUUGAUGGAAAUUUGGUGCCACCACAUGCUCUUGUUACAUUUGUUCAGAAAGGUCUACAGUACUUUGAAAUGGAAGCCAACUUAAGCAAUUGUGAUGCCGACCUGGAAGAAGAUUUUUCAUUCUUACAACCUUUGGAUCUUAUCACGAAAGAUGUGCAUGAGCUUAGGCAAAUGAUAAGUGAAAGAAGGAAAAAACUACUGAAGGAAAGAAAGAAGGAAUUUGAAAAGGAGCAUGAAGGUGAACGUGUACGGGCAAGAGAAAAGGAAAGACGUGAAAGAGAGAAAGAAGUUGAAAAGGAUAGACGCGAAAGGGAGAAAGAAGCUGAAAAGGAUAGACGUGAAAGGGAGAAAGAAGCUGAAAAGGAUAGACGCGAACGGGAGAAAGAAGCUGAAAAGGAUAGACGUGAAAGGGAGAAAGAAGCUGAAAAAGAUAGGGAGAAGGUAGAAAAUGAUAAAGAGCGAGAACAACAGCAUGGAGAUCAGUCUGCCAGAGAAAUGGUCAUAGAUCAUGAAGAUAGGGUUCAUGUAAAGCAUGAAGAUAAUGGAGCAGUUGGAGGACCAGAACCAAUGGACAUCUCUACAACAUCAACAUCUCAGCUAUGUGAAAUUCCUAGUUCAGAUGUGACAAUUUUGGAAGGUCAUACUUCAGAGGUGUGUGCUUGUGCAUGGAGCCCUACUGGAUCCCUUCUUGCAUCAGGAUCUGGGGAUUCGACAGCUCGUAUUUGGACGAUAGCAGAAGGGAGAUGUAAGCCUGCUGCACAGAGUGGUCCUCUGAAUGUGUUGGUGUUGAAGCAUGUUAGGGGUAAAACAAAUGAAAAGAGUAAAGAUGUCACUACACUUGAUUGGAAUGGGGAGGGGACACUUCUUGCAACUGGUUCAUAUGAUGGGCAAGCAAGAAUUUGGACCACUAAUGGUGAACUGAAGAGUACAUUAAGCAAGCACAAGGGACCAAUAUUCUCUCUGAAGUGGAAUAAGAAAGGCGAUUAUCUUCUGACUGGAAGUUGUGAUCAAACUGCAAUUGUGUGGGAUGUGAAGGCAGAGGAAUGGAAACAACAAUUUGAAUUUCAUUCAGGUCCAACACUUGAUGUUGAUUGGCGCAACAAUGUGUCUUUUGCCACAAGUUCCACAGACAAUAUGAUAUAUGUUUGCAAAGUUGGAGAAAGCCACCCUAUAAAAACUUUUGCUGGGCACCAGGGUGAAGUUAAUUGUGUCAAAUGGGAUCCCACAGGUUCAUUGCUGGCCUCCUGUUCUGAUGAUAUCACAGCAAAGAUAUGGAGUAUGAAGCAGGAUACUUAUCUUCACGACUUAAGGGAGCAUUCCAAGGAGAUUUAUACCAUCAGAUGGAGCCCCACUGGUCCUGGUACAAAUAACCCUAAUCAGAAACUGGUGUUGGCUAGUGCUUCAUUUGAUUCAACUGUAAAGCUAUGGGAUGUGGAACUCGGGAAACUAAUCUACAGCUUGGAUGGACACAGGCAUCCCGUGUAUUCUGUUGCUUUCAGUCCCAAUGGUGAGUAUUUAGUCAGUGGGUCUCUUGACAGAUCCAUGCACAUAUGGUCAUUGAAGGAAGGCAAGAUUGUCAAAACAUACACCGGCAAUGGAGGCAUUUUUGAAGUCUGUUGGAAUAAGGAGGGUGACAAGAUUGCUGCAUGUUUUGCUAAUAAUACAGUUUGUGUUUUGGAUUUCAGAAUGUAAUAUCUGUGAAGCACCAAUUUCUCCUGGCUAGUACAUUAAAUUCUUUCUUUUCCUCCUUAAGAUGAGAUUGGUGGAAGUGUAUUUUGGGUGGGUAGGUUACCCGGUUUAACCGUAGUUGUAGGUAUAACUCAUUGUUCGUGGAUCCCGUUGUAAUUUGCUAUAAACAUUAGUAAAAAUUAGUUUGUAGGAGUUGAUUCUUAAUAAGUAAAAAUGUGUAGAUUUAGUUGGACAAUAUUCUGUAUAAGUAUCGUUUGACUUGUCUA